AACAUAACCAAAGUUUCCUAUGGCUACCAAAAUCCACAACAUGUCGAUCCACAACCUCGGUAUUGAAAAUGAUUGUAGAGACAUUCAUGAUUCAUGGGAUCAGAGAAGCAAUGUGAUGGUUCAAAUUCUUGCUCGUCGAAACGCGAUGGAAAGACAACAAACAAGGAGAAUCUACAAGGAAAUCUAUGGUGAGGAUUUGGUGGAAAGACUAGGGACAAUUGAUGUCGAGCCGAUAAAUCGAGCCUUGUCGUUAUGGAUGCUUGAUUCUCAUGAACGGGAUGCGGUUUUCGCUCGAGAAGCACUCGAACCAGGGGACACUAAUUUCAAGGCUCUUAUUGAAAUAUUUGUGGGGAGAAAAUCAAGCCAAAUCUUUCUUAUUAGACAAUCUUAUAGAGCAAGAUAUAAAAAGCAAUUAGAUCAAGAUAUCAUCAACAUAGACCCUCCCCAUUCAUAUCAAAAGAUUCUUGUAGCAUUGGCUGCCUCACACAAAGCCCAUAAUGCUGAUAUUAGCGAACAUAUUGCCAAGUGUGAUGCUAGAAGGCUGUAUGAAACAGUAAAAGACAAUUCAGGAGCCAUAGAGGAAGCUUUUGUUCUUGAAAUGCUCACUAAAAGAAGCAUUCCACAGCUAAAGCUUACUUUUUCUUGCUACCGACACAUCUUUGGUCAUAACUUUACCAAGGACCUUAAGUUUCGAAAUUGUGGAGAAUUCGAGAAUGCCCUACGGACAGUCAUCAAGUGUAUAUGUAAUCCUCCAAAGUAUUUUGCCAAGGUGCUCUACAAAAGCAUAAAGGGUGGAGAAAGUGGUGAAGCAUUGAAGAGAGUAAUGUUAAGCAGAGCUGAGGUUGAUUUGGAUGAAAUUCAAAGGGCUUUCAAAGGAAAAUAUGGCAUUCAAUUAACAGAAGCAAUUUGUGGGAGAACUUUUUGUGAUGAUUAUACAGAUUUUUUUGUUGCUUUGGCCACAAAGAAAGCUCAGUGAUUAUACUCAACAGCCAAACACAGCCACUUUGCUUAAUUGCUCCAAUGGUUUUAUUUUCCUCUCAGUUCUUCAAAUAUUCAAUGUAUAUAAUAUACCUUUAAAGCUUCAUACUUUAACUUAAAUAUUCAUUAUCAAGAAAAUAGGUAAUAAAAUAUCCAUAAACUUUGGGAUAAUUUCAAUUA